AUGGCGCACCCACACGAGUCCGUGCCCUUUUCCGAGCUCUUUCGGCAUGCCUCGACGUCGCUCGCGGACGCGCAGCGCAUGCGCACCCUCGUGUCGUGGAUUCUGCGACGCGGCGUGGAGAAGGCGAAGCGCGGAGAGUGGGAGGUGGGAAAGGGAAAGAAGAAGGUCGGGAUGAAGGAGGAGGAGAGGGAGAAGGUCAAGGGAAUGGAGAGCGUGUUGGAGAAGGUCAUGGAGGAGACGCUGGAGGAGCUUGAGAGGGGCAGGAUUGACGUCGACUGGAAUACGCGCGCACGGACGAGUUACUCGAGCGCCACUGUGCAUCCGCGCAACGUCACGAAUGCUGCAAGCGCCACUCGUCUGGAAGGAGUGGUAGGCAGCAUGGCGCGUGAGGUGUCACGCUGGGAAGCCGAAGAACGCUCGAUCGAGGCUUUCGAGGCCGAGACUGCCAGGCUUCUCUCCUCGCUCGACUCUGCCGACUCGACGCACGAGGAGGAGUGGCAAGAGACGGACCUGGAUGGCGAAGCGCAGGAAGCGUGGAACUUGGCCAACAAGACGUUGGCGAGUGAGGCAGCAUGGCUUGAGGAACGCAAACGAUCGAAGAGCGGCGCGACGCAGAUCAGUGAGCAAGUCAAGGCUGUGGAAGCCGAGAUUCGGCGUUUGGCUGCGUCGUCGUCGAGCUCGUCGACGGAGGAGGUGGAGGGCACGCAAAGAGAUGCGAGGUUUGGAGAGCUCGAGUUCAACGUGGAUCGGCUGCACUCGCUCUCUCAUUCCUACGUCCAGCUCUCCGCCCUUGCCUCUCGCUACGUAAGCGCCAUCUCUCUUCGCGCCGCAAAUGCGCUGCAAGCACAGCGCUCUCUCUCCAACACGGGCGCCUCGUCCAGCAGCGCCGCGGCGUCGUCGUCGAACGAUGCGGACGGAGCGGCACAGGCCGAAACGGCAGGAGGCGCGGCAGCCAAGAGUCGCGAGGACGUAGAGAGGCUUCUUGCGCGCCUGGCGGAGGAGACCGAGAUGGGCGACGGGCAGGAGGAAGAGGAGGACGUCGUCGCAGAGGAGAGUGCGGGAGAUCUGUUGGCCGCACUCGUUGGCAAACGCAGAUAG